UGCCUCAAUUUUUUCUCUAACUUUCACCAUCCACUUUUGCAGCUGAAACUGCGUGAUCAACAAACAACUCAACCAUGUAAAAAAAUCUCCCUUGCUAUAUCAAUGACCCUUUCCUUAUACAUGUUCUUUACACCUUGGCUUUAGGCUUUGUAUAGUUUUAAAUAUAAAGUACAAUAAGACACCGACUUAACCUUCUGAUCAACACGCUUGCCAUGAGAGGUUUGGUCAUGAAAAUGAAACAUUUUUUCAAAGAGAAUUCAUUGCCUAAUAUUUCCAACCAUGAAUCUAUUGGGGGCCUUUCUAGAGAUGAUCAAGAGAUGGGCUCAAGUACAAUGUCAGGAAAUGGAGAUAUCUUGAUCGAAAACUCUGGUUUUCACUACUUUCAUGGAAAAUAUCUAAACCCUGUCCGAGCGAUUUUGGCUGAGAUGCUGGGGACUUUUAUCUUAAUGUUUUGCAUAUGCGGGAUCAUAGCAAGCACUAAGCUAACUGGAGGUGGAGCAGCUCUGCUGGAGUAUGCCAUCACGGCUGGGUUAACAAUUAUAGUUCUGAUUUUCUCCAUAGGAUCCAUAUCUGGUGCCCAUGUUAACCCGGCAGUCACCAUAGCUGUUGCAGCAUUUGGCUAUUUUCCGUGGUCCAGGGUACCUCUUUAUUUAUUGGCACAAAUUCUGGGUUCUGUUCUGGCAACAUUUAUGGGAGAGUUUAUCUAUGGCAUAAAAUCAGAUGUUAUGGUAACCCGGCCAGGCCAAGGCUGCCAAGCGGCUUUCUGGGUAGAGCUCAUUGCCAAUUUCAUCAUCGUGUUUGUGGUUGCAGCGGUGACACAACAAUCACAAUCUGUUGAUCCAUUGUCCGGACUGGUUAUUGGAAUGGCCAUUGGGCUUGCGGUCCUUAUCACAGGGCCUAUUUCAGGAGGAUCACUCAACCCUGCAAGGUCUUUGGGACCUGCAAUUGUUUCAAGGAAUUUCGAAAGAAUUUGGAUAUAUCUCACGGCCCCAGUAAUUGGAGCUGUUACAGGUGCUCUCAUGUAUGGAUUUCUGCGUCUCCGGGGCCCAGCUUAUAGUUCCAGCUCCUCUCGUGACAGCAAUAUGCUUAGCCAGUCCUUGGCCUAUGGAAGAAGCUAG